CGACUUGGCUCCGCGCCUUAAACCCUAAGCCCCAUUCACUGCAAUUUCAAUUCAACUGCGGCAGCCAUUGUUUCUCCAGCUCAGAGCGUCGGAGUUACUUGUAUAAAGGAGAAGACUACGGGUGCUGAUUUGUGCGGACAUUUGAAGGGAUUUUCAAUCUGGUUUCCAUUGAUUUUGGUGUCCUUAGACCUAACCCUUAUUCACUGUAAUUUCAAUUACAAUGCAAAUUCUGAAAUCAACAUCUGUUCUUUCGCAUUCCCAUUUAUACAAUCGACUUUGCAAGCCCAAACAGCCCUUCUUUACUUAUUUUUCUUCAUUAGCCAAAACCUCAAGAUCCCCAAACCCUGCCCUUUUCCAUUACCUAAUAAGUACCUUCAAUUUCUCUGAAACUCAAGCGCUCACUAUCUCAUCCCGCAUCUCCAGUUCAAAGUCUAUUGAAAAUGCGGAAUCUGUGUUUCACUUUUUCAAAAACCUUGGUUUCUCCAACUCCCAAAUCCAGUCUGCUGCUCGCCGAUUUCCCCGAAUUAUCUUUUCUAACAUUGACAGGUGUCUUAAACCAAAAAUUAAGGUAUUUCAGGAUUUGGGUCUUGAGGGAUAUGAUCUGGGCAUGUUCAUUUCCAAGAGUUCCUCAGUUUUAGGUGCAAGUUUGAAGAAAAAGUUGGUUCCUUGUAUUGAAAUCUUGAAGAAAUAUUUGUUGAAUCAAAAGAAUAAUAAGCAUGUGGUAAAGGUUUUAACUAAAUGCGCUUGGGUUGUUACCCAAAAAAACCCUGAAUCAAGAUUGUUAUCAGGCAUAGCAUACUGGGAGAGUUGUGGGAUAGUUGGAUCUCAGCUCUCAAUGUUGUUAAUUAGGCAGCCUAGACUUCUUUGUUGCCCAGAAUCCGUGCUUAGAGAUCUUGUUUCUCGAACUUUGAAUAUGGGAUUCUCAGCCAAUUCGGGGAUGUUGAUUCAUGGUCUAUGUGCUGUUUAUAGCUUAAGUGACAAGACAAGGGAGAGAAAAUAUGGAAUUUUUAGGAGUUUUGGGUUUUCAGAGUAUCAAUACAGAGAAAUAUUUAGAAAGGCUCCAUAUUCUCUAGUAAGGUCUGACGAGCAGUUGAAGUUUAGAAUUAAUUUCUUUUUGAACACGGCGAAGCUAGAAAAGGAGACUCUAAUUUGUAAUCCUGCAAUUUUGAUGCAGAGCAUGGAAGAAAGAGUGAUUCCUCGAUUCAAAGUUUUUGAGAUUUUGAAAUCGAAGAAAUUAUUUAAGAAGGAACCAAGCUUUAUUAGGCUGUUGUUUUUGACAGAGGAAGUGUUUGUUCAGAGGUUUAUAUCAAGCUUUUCAGAUGAAGCAGAAGAAUUGUUGCUAGCUUACAAAGGUCAUACUCUGGAUUCAUCUUCCAAAAAGGAAAAAUCUUAAUACAAGUUAGUUCUCUAAGACCCUUUUCUUAAAACUGGAUUUGCAAUGUUUGUAACUUGCAUUAUGCCACUUCAACAUUGGCUGCAGCAGACCUCGCUUGACGAAUCUGAAUCUAUGUGGAAACCGAUUUGGUGUAUCCUCUACUGAUGAGGCCUUUUUAUUCCGAGAAUGAAUAAUGAUGUUAACUACUGCAGUUUAUCCAAAUACCCAAUCAACUUAAAUUCUUCAUGGAUAUAAGAGAGUUUGACUUGGUUAGUGUUGAUUGCUAUGAUUAUUUAUUUAUUUAUUCUGUUUGUGUUGUAAAUUGACGUACAAGAUAUUUGAACUUGUGGACAAAUAUUAAUGCAAUGACAAAUAAGUUGGAGUUAUUGGUUUA